UGGAUACGCCUCGGCAAAGGCUCGUUCGGCUGCGUCUACAAGGGCGAGUACCUGGGCAUCGAGGUCGCCAUCAAGGAGGUGCUGCCGAGCACCGAGUACGACGUCGAGAAGUACUUGCAGCGCGAGAUCACCCUCAUGCAGCAGGCGCGCCACCCUAACAUCGUCCAGUACCUCGGCCUAUCCCUGUGCUCGACUGUGCCCGACCGCCCUCGCAUCCUCAUCAUCAGCGAGUUCCUGCCUCGCGGCAACCUGCGCCAGUACAUCCUCGACCGCACGCUCCCCUUCCCCUGGCGCCUCCGCAUCUCGUUCGCCAUCGACAUCGCCCGCGCGCUCGCCUACCUCCACUCGAACAACUGCAUGCACCGCGACCUCAAGGGCGAGAACCUGCUCGUCACGAGCAACGAGCGCCUCAAGGCGUGCGACUUUGGGCUCGCGCGCGUCGCGCCCGGCGGCGGCAAGGAGGACGAGGCUUGGAGGAGGUUGACGUACUGCGGCACCGACGGCUACAUGUCGCCCGAGAUCCUCCUCGGCGAGGCGUUCGACCUCAAGACCGACAUCUUCAGCCUCGGCGUCCUGUUUGUCGAGAUCGCGUCGCGCCAACUCGCCUCGAACCACACGUUCGUCCGCAAGCUGCCCGACUACGGCAUGUCGCACGACGAGGUCCGCGGCUCGGUCUCGUCCAACUGCCCUCGCUCGUUCGUCGACCUCGCACUCGAGUGCUGCGACGUCGACCCGACCAAGCGCCCGGACACCAAGUCGAUCCUGCGCCGCCUGCGCGGCGUCGAGCAGGAGGUCCUC